ACUUCGGCUGAGGCAGCGCCAUUUUGAAUGUUCGGUCGUCAGUUCUGUGUGUCUGGCAAGCGAGGCUGCUUAGGGGUCCCCUGGCCGUCUGUCCUGGCUGUCCUUGCCUCAGUUUCGUAGAUACAAGGAGAGACGCAGCUAUUUAGAAGUCUAGGCCUCUGCCCGGUGCCGAGGCUAGUCCGCGGAGAUGAUGUUAAGAGGAAACCUGAAGCAAGUACGCAUUGAGAAGAACCCUGCCCGCCUUCGCGCGCUGGAGUCCGCGGCAGGAGACGGCGAGCCCGCGGCCAUGGCGCUGGCGCUGGCCGGGGAGCAGGCGCCGCCCGCGCCCGCCGCCCCGGAGGACCGCCCAGAGGAGGAGAUGGGCUUCACCAUCGACAUCAAAAGCUUCCUCAAGCCGGGCGAGAAGACCUACACGCAGCGCUGUCGCCUGUUCGUGGGAAACCUGCCCACCGACAUCACCGAGGAAGACUUCAAGCGGCUCUUUGAGCGCUACGGAGAGCCCAGCGAGGUCUUCAUCAACCGGGACCGCGGCUUCGGCUUCAUCCGCCUGGAAUCCAGAACACUGGCUGAAAUUGCAAAAGCAGAACUGGAUGGCACCAUUUUGAAGAGCAGACCACUGCGAAUUCGCUUUGCUACACAUGGAGCGGCUCUAACUGUCAAGAACCUUUCUCCAGUCGUUUCCAAUGAGCUUCUAGAGCAAGCAUUUUCCCAGUUUGGCCCAGUAGAGAAAGCUGUUGUGGUUGUGGAUGAUCGAGGUAGAGCUACAGGAAAAGGUUUUGUAGAAUUUGCAGCAAAACCUCCUGCACGAAAGGCUCUGGAGAGAUGUGGUGAUGGGGCUUUCUUGCUGACAACAACCCCUCGUCCAGUCAUUGUGGAACCUAUGGAGCAAUUUGAUGAUGAAGAUGGCUUGCCAGAGAAAUUAAUGCAGAAAACUCAACAAUAUCAUAAGGAAAGAGAGCAGCCACCACGUUUUGCUCAACCUGGGACAUUUGAAUUUGAGUAUGCAUCUCGAUGGAAGGCUCUUGAUGAAAUGGAAAAGCAGCAGCGUGAGCAGGUUGACAGAAACAUCAGAGAAGCCAAAGAGAAACUGGAGGCAGAGAUGGAAGCAGCUAGGCAUGAACACCAGUUAAUGCUAAUGAGACAAGAUCUAAUGAGACGUCAGGAAGAACUCAGACGCUUGGAAGAACUCAGAAACCAAGAGCUGCAAAAACGGAAGCAAAUACAACUUAGACAUGAAGAGGAACAUCGCCGUCGUGAGGAAGAAAUGAUCAGACACAGAGAACAGGAGGAAUUGAGGCGACAGCAAGAAGGCUUUAAACCAAACUAUAUGGAAAAUAGAGAACAGGAAAUGAGAAUGGGUGAUAUGGGUCCCCGUGGAGCAAUAAACAUGGGAGAUGCAUUUAGCCCAGCACCUGCUGGUAACCAAGGUCCUCCUCCAAUGAUGGGUAUGAAUAUGAACAACAGAGGAACUAUACCUGGCCCACCUAUGGGUCCUGGUCCUGCCAUGGGACCAGAAGGAGCUGCAAAUCUGGGAACUCCAAUGAUGCCAGAUAAUGGAGCAGUGCACAAUGACAGAUUCUCCCAAGGGCCACCUUCCCAGAUGGGAUCUCCUAUGGGGAGUAGAGCAGGUUCUGAGACCCCUCAAGCGCCAAUUACUGGUGUUGGUCCUGUGAGUGGUGGUCCUGGUGGCUUUGGUAGAGGUAGUCAAGGGGGCAACUUCGAAGGUCCUAAUAAGCGUCGUAGGUAUUAAACAUUCUUUUGUUCCUGGUCAUUUAGAAACAAAAUUUAGUGGUAUGCCUUUACAAUUUUACCUGUUACUUGGAAGAAAUAGUUUUAUUGUUAAUGUGUGUAGAUUGAAAACUUUCUUUUGUAAAAACUGAGGUUUUUGUAUUUUUGUUUAUUCAUAAGCUUUGUAGAUUAGAAUGGUAAUGCUAUGCAUCAUUGUGAAUGUUAAAAUGUGUUUGUGACUUGAGCUAACUACAGCUAUGCCCAUAGUACUGUGAAAUCUGUAGUUUCUUUAUCAAUAAAGAAAUGAUUUUGAGUAAUUUAA